AAAAGCGAUUACCGAGCGCAUGGUUCAGCAUCCAACGCUCCAGCCCUGUGGAACGAAUAGCGUUCGGGUAUUAUUCACGAUGUCUUGGCUGUCAACGGCGCGGGAAGGAGCUGCAGGGCGACGGUCAAAGCUCGCACUAUUACCAACAGCAACCACCGUGCUACUUUAGCACCCUUUGCGGUUGGCAUCCAACACUAUCGCGAAGUGGUGCCGUCAGAUAUGAGCAAUGACGCGCCGACGCUUGGAGAGAUCACCCAACUAACCCGUCAAGAACUUACUACGAGGCAGAAUUCCGAUCCUAUUCGCGAAUGCGGACGCGCCGCGCUGUCGCUCCUUCCCAACGAUUUCGAGCUUGCCCUCAAGCUUGCGUACCAGAAACUACACGAUGUGCCGUAUAAGGAGGUGAAGACGUGCUGGCGCAGGCUGUACACGGAUGCGAGCUUGUUGAAGGUGUUGAAACUGUCAGGCGACGAGCGUGAUGAGCACCUGCGCGAGACCCCCUCAGAGACUGGGGGCGACAAAGAAGAAGUCGAUACAAAGAGUGACUGGGUCGAUCAAGUGGUGCGGAUACUGGAUAUGACAAUCAUACUGACAGGCGCACCUGAGAGGGAAGAGCUUGUGGAGCUUUGGUUUGCAGCGCUGAAGGCUGUCCUAACUCCUUCAGGGCCACAUCUUCAUAUCGACGCUCCACAACGGCCGCGCAAAAGAAGAAGACUAUCACAUGCGGGUCAAAUUUCACGCCUACCAGCAAGCUUCGCAACAAUGCUUCCCGACCCUCCACCCACCCUUCGGCACGCGAUCCCACGAACGAAAGAGCUCAGUCUAGAGGCUUUCCAGAAGGAAGUCGGAGAUGCAAACACACAUACGCCACUCACCAUCGAGGGUGCAAUACAGCAUUGGCCCGCUCUUGAUGAGAGGCCGUGGAAUGACCCAGCAUAUCUGCUAGAGCAGACGCUUGGUGGUAGGCGGCUUAUACCGGUAGAAGUUGGAAAGAGCUAUACCGAUGAAGGCUGGGGUCAGCGUAUCACCACGUUCCGCGAGUUCAUGGAGACGUAUAUGCUCAGGGGUCAUGGAGAAGCUGUCUCAGCCGCAGCGCAUACAGACACGACGCAGACUUCUAAAAUCAACGAGGCAGCCGGCAGCAAGAAACCCACACCUACCGGCUACCUAGCUCAACACGACCUCUUCGCCCAGAUCCCCUCCCUGCGCGCCGACAUCAGCAUACCCGAUUACUGUUACUGCGAGCCCGCUCGAUCCCCCCACCUCAAAUCAAUCAAACCCGUCGCGAAACUACAAGAACCUCUACUCAACGCCUGGUUCGGCCCCGCAAGCACCAUAUCGCCCCUCCACACCGAUCCCUACCACAACAUUCUCGCACAAGUCGUGGGCUAUAAGUACGUGCGUCUCUAUGCACCCACAGAAACGCAGCGUCUACAUCCGCGAAGCACGGACGAGAGCGGAGUGGAUAUGAGCAAUACGAGUCAGGUUGAUUUGGAUGAAGCUAUGGCUUUGUAUCCUGAGAUAUCCUGUUGGCAGACUGGGGCGAGCCGUGUGGGAGAUGGAGAUGAGGCUCUCCAUGAAAGGAGACGAGAGUUCGAGGAAAAUUUCCCUGGUUUUAAAGACGCACAGUACAUCGAAGGUAUCCUAGCACCCGGCGAGUGUCUCUAUCUGCCCGUGGGAUGGUGGCAUUACAUACGUAGUCUGACACCGAGUUUCAGCGUAAGCUUUUGGUUCAAUUAGAUCAUCAUAUUUCUCUUCUUCCAUAUAUCAUACAUUCGAUCCAUACAAAUCCAUCCCUCUCUCCCA